AUGCCCGCUGCGUGGUCAUCGGAGUCGCCUCAGGCUGAGAUUGAGGAUGGCCAUGACAUCGAGGAGGGUUUGCAGGCGACCGCCGUCGGCUCGGGCGGCAUGGCAGAGGGUGUGCAGCAGGCGAACUUGAGCCACUUCCGCUCUCCGCCUGGCUUGUGCCACCCCAGCCAGGUGGACAGCCCUCAACGGGGCCUCCUGACCUUGGAGCAGGUGUCGCUGCAGCGGCAUGCUCUCGCGGCGGCCGCUUUCGGCGUACCAGGGGACAUGCAGCAGGAAGACGACACCUUGCCGGCCGGCCUAUGCCUCCCGAACCAGGUGGAAUGCCAGCCCGUCUCGCCGUUGCAGGUGGGCUCGGGCGUGGCACAGGGUGUGCAGCAGGCGAACUCGGGCAACUUCUUCCGCUCUCCGCCUGGCUUGUGCCACCCCAGCCAGGUGGACGGCCCUCAACCCGGCCUCCUGACCUUGGAGCAGGUGUCGCUGUACCGGCAUGCUCUCGCGGCUUUCGGCGUACCAGGGGACAUGCAGCAGGAAGACGACACCUUGCCGGCCGGCCUAUGCCUCCCGAACCAGGUGGAAUGCCAGCCCGUCUCGCCGUUGCAGGUGGGCUCUGGCGUGGCACAGGGUGUGCAGCAGGCGAACUCGGGCAACUUCUUCCGCUCCCCGCCUGGCUUGUGCCACCCCAGCCAGGUGGACAGCCCUCAACGGGGCCUCCUGACCUUGGAGCAGGUGGCACUUCAUCGGCGUGCUCUUGCGUUGGGCGGGUUCAGCGUACCACAGGACGUGCGCCAGGUCACCGACAACUUGCACUUGCCGCCUGGCUUGUGCCUUCCAAGCCAGGUGGAAUCCCAGCCCCCAUCGCCGCAGGUGGGCUCUGGAAGCAUGGCGCAGGGCGUGCAGCAGGCGAACUCGGGCAGUCUGCGCUCUCCCCCUGGCCUUUGCCGCCCAAACCAGGUGGACAGCUCCCAGCCGGCCCUCCCGACCUUGGAGCAGGAGUGGCAGCCGACAUCACCGGUAUGGCGACGCCCGAACGAGCCGACUUCGCCCAUCAGACUCUGGCGGGAGCAGGCCUGGCAUUUCGAAGACCGCGAGGGCCGUCUGGAAAAUGACGGACAGACGUUCCAGGCAAGAGAUCUCUGGGACUGGAAGAACCCAGUCACCAGCUAUGCCCUGGAGAUCCGCAAUUUCAAGAAAGUUAUCGAGAAGAUUAAAGAAGGGCAUGUCAAUGGCGUCUUCGUGUGCGUCCGGUGCUUCGUCGCCGGCCUCCUCUACAGCGUGCCCAGCUUAGAGCGCGAUACCGAAGAGGAAUGCUUCAACCUGGCCGAGCACACGAGCAAGAGGCGUUGCCCACGUGAUCUCACGCGGGUUCUGCCAAGAGAGCACCGCACGCAAGCUGGCAAGGCUCCGGAUCUGACGGCCAUGAAGACUGCUUCAGUUGCGGUGCCCUGGCUCUGCGGGCCAAGCCAUCUCUUGAUUAUGUUGAGCGACUCCGACGAAGACUCGGAGGACUUCUUACCAGCUGCAUCGCAGAAUGCAGAGGAGCCAGCUUGCUCGGAGGAAAACUGCGAGGAGUCGGGCCUAGACAAGCCACCUCCGGAGGAUCCAGAAGAGCAGGUGUGCCUCCUCUGUAUGCUGCAAUGGUGUUGGAACUGCCACAAAGCCAUUUGGCCCAGAUUGCCAGCAAUGCCGAACAUCGUGCCAAACGUGAGCCCAAGCUUAAGCCUGCCUGGAGAAGUGCUGCAGCCGGUUCUGGAGUUCUUGGGCACCAGCCUCACAGCCGCCCUUCCUUGUUGCCGCGGCACGUCGCACGCAGCCCUCCAAGGUGAUGCUGCAGCUUUUCGACCAUUGACAUUCUGCCCAUCAGUGCCGAGUCCUGGUGGAAGUACUGGAAGUCGGGAUCAGCUUGCAAGAUGCGCACGCGUGGCUCGACGGCAUCGUCCGGAUCUCAGCUGGCGGGAUGUGGCCAAGGUGAUGGCAACACUCGAGCGAGGACCGCUUUGGUGGUCAGAAGUGCCGUGCAUUGGGGCUGUGACAUCCCCACGCCAGGGGCUUGCAGUAUGUGGUGCGCCAGGGCCGCAAGAAAGAGCGGUCCUGUUCGGUGGAAACACUUCGGUAAGAGUAGCUGGUGGCUGGCAAGCCUCUGCAGCCCUUUUUGCAGUGGACCUCCCUCCAGAUGAUUAUGGUCGCGCGAGGUUCACUAGCUUUGAGCCCAGCAGUCCUUCUACUCCGUGGCCCUGCUCUCGCUGGGGAGCAACGCUGACAAGGACAUGUCAAACUGAAUCUGAAGGGGCCGCUCUGCUUUGGGGUGGCUGGAGCCGUGAAGGUGACACAGACAUUCCAUGGAUGCUGCGCUUUAAGCAAGAUGGCCCAUGCUGGAGCGAACUUUGCUGUGAGAAUCGUCCUCCUGCGGGUGCCUUCCACACAGCUACAGGCCUUCCGGACAACAAGAGAUUAGCACUGGUUGGCGGGCUGGGCAAUGGCAGUUCGCGGGAUGCCGUAUGGACCUUUGAUUCCUCGACAGAAAGAUUCCACAAGCUUUGUGAUGGUGGUCCAGCUCCAGCCGGGCACGUGGCCGCCGCUGACUGCGAAGCCCAGCGCUUGGUCGUCUGCUUCGGCGUCAGGCGGUCUCAGCCCUUCAUAGAGGACAGCUUCAUGAAGACCACCAGUGUGCUGGAUUUGCGCAUGGGGCGCUGGGAUCCCGAUGCAUGGAAUGGUCUAUGGCCAGAUGAGCAAAGCCCUGCUCCAGCCACAGCAGCUCCCCCAGCACGGCGGAACGCUGCCGCUGCAUCGCUGGGGCACAGAAUCAUCGUGUCAGGUGGCUACAACGACGAAGAGUUCACAUCUCUCGAAGACACAUGGUCCCUGAACAUGCGCAGUGGCGUGUGGACGAGGAUUUCAGAGCAAGGAGCGCCACGGAUGGAAGGUCACAAGGCGAUCCUCACUGGCCUAGAUUUGUAUACCUUUGGUGGGCACUCGCUGUUGGGCCAAUUUCCUCGCCCCACCAUCUCUGUACAUAGACUAGCUCUGGGGAAGGCUGACCCUUUGCAUUCUGAGACUCAUGAGUGCAGGCAGCCUGAGAAGGGCUACCCUUUGCAGGGUCAUGCUGAUAGUGAUGGGCCGGACCUUUCGGACCGCCUGGCAGCCUCGGCAGAGUACCGACGGUGGGUCAGAGAGAUCGAUGCCGGACUUGAGUCUGGCCAGGCGGCUCCUUCGUUCACGGAGCUUUGGAUAGAGCUCAACAAGCGGCCAGCUGUGCUGAAAGGAUCUGAAGCUGCGCGGCGGUCGCCCAGCACAGAUCCGAGAGCGAGGUUCGAUCGUUGGUCACAGGACAGGAAGCCCAGGUGGCAUUCGGCGCAGGAGGCUUUGGAGGUGCUCCUUGACAGUCUAAAGCAGCUCGAGGCAUCUCCUAAGAGGAAACAGGAGCUGUCAGCAUGCGAGCUCUCAGCCACUAUGAGGAAGCGCAGCCCCGACUUCGCAAUAAAGGAGUCUCCCUUUGAAAAGCUCGGGAAGCUGCUGCAGCUGGCUGCACAGGACGGCUGGAUCCGCCUAACAUGGUCGGGUGACACGAUGUCUGUGCAGAUUCUGGAGCUCCCUGCAAAUGGGGUCACGAAGCUGGCAGAUGCGUGGGAACGCGAGGAGGAUGUCGGCUUCCGACUGGAGCCAGCGAGACAGACAGCGAUUCUGAAGGAAGUGAAUCGCGUGCGAAGAGUAGUGCACGAAGAAAGAGCCGAACGAGGGGUGUGCAACUUGGCGCUAAAGCCAGCGCCUGGUGCGGACCCUCUAGCUGACUUUGCUGCCGAGGGCAGCGUCACCUACCUCAGACAAGCCGUGGCAAGGCUGUCAGCGUCUGAGCGGGGAAAGCUAAGACCUGUAAGCCCCGAGCGACCUCCGCGCACCAAAGCUGUGCUGGCACCUGCCGCGAGGUCGAGGUAUGACCGUGAGGAAAGCCUCCGGAUUUUCAAUGAAUCUCUCCAGGACCUUUGCGCACAGGGCCUGGAGCAUGAUCUGCCGAUGAACGCGUCGGUGAUCUUGAGACACCUGAGAAGGCUUGGCUUCAGCUUCGAGGACACGCCUUUCGAGAGCUUCCCAGACUUGCUGGAUGCAGCUGCACGAAAGGAGUACCUCGAGGUUGGGAGACGAGGCCAUGAUCCACUCAUCACCUGGGUCAAGUACAGAUACAGAGUGCUCACGCGGCGGGAUGAACACCGUCCAGACCGUGAGCGUCUACCUGCCGUCAGGCGGAGAUCUCGUUCCCGGCACCGUGAGGUGUCUCCACAUUGGUCUCGAGGCGCUCCAGGCCAAGGACACCAGGGAGACCCCGGCCGGGAGGGAUCAAGAGGCCGAGGCCGCCGGCUGCGGCGGGCUGCGGAGGCCUCGCGUUCGCGUGAGAAGGCCCGAGACGCCCUCCGUGCGAAGAAAGACGUGAGGAAAGUGAGAUGCGAGCCGAGCAGCAAGAAGAAGGCGUCGAAAGCCGCCACAUCGAAAGCUGCAGCAUCCAAAGCCGCGUCCAAAGCCGCUGCCAAGAAGAAGGGUCCCAAGAAGUCGCCGUCCUGCGAGAAAGACGCCGAAAGGAAGGCGUCACAAGACAAGCAGGAACAAGAUGCGACGAAGAAAGCAACACAGGGGGUUAAACGGCCCAAGAAGGAAGAGAUUCCGUUGAUUGCCGGCAAGGCCAAGAGCAAGGCCGCAAAGAAGACUCCGGCACCUGACAAGGAGUCGUCCUCGGAGUACGAGUACUACAGCUACUACAGUGAAGAGGGGGACAAAUCCGACGAGUCUUCCUCAAGUUCGGAGUCGGACGAAGCGAGCAGCGGCUGA